GAGCACUUUAUAAGAACCGUGCCUGUACAGGUUAGUAGACAGAAGAACUGAGAGCUCCCACCUUUGUUCAGAGAAUCUCAGAGCUGCUGCCGUCGACGUCGCCAUGCGCCUCCACACGCUGUUCUUCCUGUCGGUCCUCUCUUGUCUCUGCUUUGCACUGGGACAAGGGUCCUACGAUGACUGCUGCCUGAAAUAUUUGAGAAAUGUGGAAAAGCAUUUUUACAAAAAUGCAGUAGGGUACAGAGUUCAGAAGCCUGAUGGCGGCUGCAACAUCCCUGCUAUAAUCUUCAUCAUGAAGAAGGGACGCAAGUAUUGUGCAAACCCAAAUGAGGAGUGGGUCCAGGGUCUGAUGAGGAAAGUUGAUGGAAGAAGAGCUCUGAAACCCAGGUCUUCUUUUAGAUUCAAGAAACUCAGAAAGCAACCACACAAAGGCUGAAGGUUGACGGGGAUUUCCUUCAUCUUCCUGCUGUCUGCAGUCUUAUUAUUGAGCAAAAACGUGGUUUUAUGGUGGGUUUAUGGCGUCUUACUGCAAGACAGUGGAGGGUGCUGGCCAAAAAAAUAAUGUAGCACUGCUUUUGCUUUCGCUCAGCAAUCCGAUAAAAGGUCAAAGGCUGGUCCAAAGCAGCUGCUUUCUGUUCCUGAGGGUUGGGUUCCUGAAGCUGACAGACCAACUUUAUAAAACAUGUGAUAGUUUUAAUGCAUUGCAAGACCAAACCUAUUGAAUAAGCUGUUUGAUUAUGAAAAAAAAAAUCUAAGCAUUAAAUUGUAUAUGUAACAUUACAAUUUCUUUAACAGAUUAUGUGUGUUCAUUUUUUUGUUAAGUACUGUCUUUUGGUAAAAUUUAAGGUGAUAAUUUGCUUUUUUUUACGUGUGUCAUAGAAAAGGUGAAGCGCUGAUUUGAUUUCCACAAACAUUUUCAAGUGUCUAUCAUUUCAUGUACUUUGUAUACAACUUGCAUUGCAAUUUAUACAUUUUAAGUAAAUAAAUACAACAAAUUAACUUUA